AACACAUCAUGACCGACGCCGUCGUAGAUGCCGCUGCCAAGAUGCAGCUGGCCGACGCCCCCGUCGACCCCAAUGCCCCCAAGCUCGUUCUCGACGAGGAGACCGGCGAGAUGGUCUCCAAGGGCGAGCUCAAGAAGCGUCUGGCCAAGCGCGCAAAGAAGGCCAUCAAGGAGAAGAACAAGGACGACAAGAAGAACGUCGCCGCUACGACCGCCGCUGCCCAAGACGGUGCCACCCCCAAGAAGCAGACCCCUAAGCCUGAAGAGGCCCCCAUCGACACCCAGGCCAUGUUCAAGCAGGGUUUCCUUAACGACGUCUACAACGAGCGCCCCGUCAAGCCCGUCUUCACCCGUUUCCCUCCCGAGCCCAACGGCUUCCUCCAUAUCGGCCACGCCAAGGCCAUUGCCAUCAACUUCGGCUUUGCCAAAUACCACGGCGGCAACUGUUACCUCCGAUUCGACGACACCAACCCCGAGGCCGAGGAGGAAAUCUACUUCACCGCCAUCGAGGACACGGUCCGCUGGCUCGGCUUCACCCCCUACAAGAUCACGUACUCGUCCGACAACUUCCAGAAGCUGUACGACCUGGCCGAAAAGCUGAUUGGCCUCGACAAGGCCUACGUCUGCCACUGCAACGAUGACGAGAUCAAGCUCCAGCGUGGAGGUGAGAAGGGCUCCAGCCCCCGUUUCCGCUGCAAGCACGCCGAGCAGUCCGUCGAGGAGAACCUCCAAAAGUUCCGCGACAUGCGCGACGGGAAAUACAAGCCCAGGGAAGCUUUCCUUCGCAUGAAGCAGGAUAUCACCGACGGCAACCCCCAGAUGUGGGAUCUUGCCGCUUACAGAGUCCUUGACAAGCCGCACCACAGGACCGGAAGCCAGUGGAAGAUCUACCCUACCUAUGACUUCACCCACUGUCUAUGCGAUAGCUUCGAGGGCAUCACUCACUCCCUCUGCACCACCGAGUUCGUGCUCAGCCGUGUCUCGUACGAGUGGCUCAAUAAGUCUCUCGAAGUCUACGAGCCCAUGCAGCGCGAGUACGGUCGUCUUAGCUUGUCCGGCACCGUGCUCUCCAAGCGCAAGCUCAAGGAGCUGGUCGACCGCAAGAUUGUCCGCGGCUGGGACGACCCCCGUCUGUACACGCUGAUCGCCGUUCGCCGCAGAGGUGUUCCUCCCGGCGCCAUCCUCGAGUUCGUCAACGAGCUCGGCGUCACCACCUCCAACAGCAUCAUCCAGAUUGUCCGUUUUGAGCAGACCAUCCGCCGCUACCUCGAGCGCACCGUGCCCCGCCUGAUGCUCGUGCUUGACCCCGUUCCCGUCGUGAUCGAGGAUGCUGACGAGUUCGACGGUUCCGAGCUCACCGUGCCUUUCUCGUCCAAGAACGCUGCUAUGGGCGACCACAAGAUCAAGUUCACCAAAACCGUUUACAUUGACCGCUCCGACUUCCGUGAGGUCGACUCCAAGGACUACUUUCGCCUCGCCCCCGGCAAGACCGUCGGCCUUCUCCAGGCCCCCUUCCCCAUCAAGGCCACCAGCUUCACCAAGGACGAGACCACGGGCAAGGUCACCGAGAUCCGCGCCGUCUUCGACCGUGAGACCAAGAAGCCCAAGACCUUUAUCCAGUGGGUUGGCACCGACGGCUCUCGCAAGUGUGAGGUUCGCGUCUACAACCAACUGUUUAAGUCGGAGAACCCCGCUGCUGCCGAGGGCGGCUGGUUGAGCGACAUAAACCCCGAGAGCGAGGUUGUCUACCCUGAUGCCCUUAUCGAGUCUGGCUUCGACGAGGUCAAGCGCCGCGCUCCUUGGCCUGAGGCGGCUGGUGAGAGCGAGCUUGGCAAGGGCGGUCCUGAGAGUGUCCGCUUCCAGGCUAUGCGUGUUGCUUACUUUGCCCUGGACAAGGAAAGCACAGAUGACAAGAUCGUUCUUAACCGCAUUGUCUCGCUCAAGGAGGAUAAGGAGAAGAACUAAGCCGUUGUCAGCGAAUUAAGAAAAGAAAUUUGUCGGAAAAAUAUAGAAUUGAAUGAUUAUGAGUGUAUGAGCAAAUUUUGGCCCCGAGAUAUCU